CUCGUUUCCCUCGUCCUCACCGCCCUCUUGGCGUACAACGUACACGCCAUCUCACAAGUCUCUCGCACAGGUCGAUACCUCUAUACAGCGGACGGAUCUAGGUUUUAUAUCAAGGGUGUAGCCUACCAACAACAAGGCAUUGUCACUGAUACCUCUGCUGCUAACCCGUUUGGCGAGCCUUCGACUUACAUUGACCCUCUCGCGGAUGCAUCCGGAUGCGCUCGUGAUCUUCCAUAUCUACAACAACUGGGCGUGAACACCGUUCGUGUAUACAGCGUCGAUUCGACCAAGAACCACGAUUCGUGCAUGAGCGCCCUCAGUGGUGCAGGCAUCUAUACCAUCAUCGACCUCACCCUUCCCUUGAACGGCUCAAUCGACCGCAGUUCGCCUGCGUGGUCUACUAACCUUUUGGAUCAAUACCUCGCUACCAUCGACGCCUUCAGCAAGUACGACAACGUCCUGGCAUACAACGUCGGAAACGAGGUCGUCAACGGCUCAUCCAACACCAACGUCGCUCCUUUCGUAAAAGCAGCUGCUCGAGACAUCAAGGCAUACCUCACCGCCAAAAAGUCCAGCGUCCUCAUCGGCUACGCAGCCAUCGACGGCGCGGACAACUUCCGAGACCCAUUGGCCAACUAUUUCAGCUGCGAUCCCUCAAACACAAACUCUGGGUCAACCGCGAUCGACCUCUUCGGCCUCAACAACUACGAGUGGUGUGGCAAUUCCACCUUUGCAGACUCUUACACCGACACCGAAAACAACUUUGCUGGGUACAACGUCGCAGCCUACUUUUCCGAGUACGGCUGUGUCCCUGCCUCCGGUGCCCGCCCCUGGACAGAAGUAGGCGCCCUCUUGUCGUCCGACAUGUCUCCCGUCUGGUCCGGGGGCAUCGCCUUCUCCUAUUUCCCGGCAGCCAGCGCAGCAGGUCAAUUCGGCAUGGUCACACUAUCAUCUGACAACAAGACCGUCACGACAUCCACGGACUUUACCAAUCUCGGCACUCAAUACGGCGCUGCUACGCCUCCCAACUCCCCUGCUAAAGCUUCGGUUGCGGCGGCCGCCUUCCCCGCGUGCCCAACACAAAACAGCACGUUCUUGGGAUCGACGACGUUACCUGCCACCCCCAACUUGGCGGCCUGCCAGUGUUUGAAGAAUGCUUUGAGCUGCCAGUUCACCCCUGUCGUUAGCGAUUACACGGUUGUCGCUGGGCAGUUGAUCAAUACCGCGUGUGGGCUGCUUGGUCAAUCGGGUGGAACGUGUACCGAUAUAGCCGCGGAUGGUGCUGCGGGCACGUAUGGUCUUGUCUCGGGGUGUGAUCCGACCGUCAAACUCUCCUACGUCAUGUCAAAAUACUACGAGUCCCAAAACCGUAAUUCACAAGCAUGCAGUUUCGCAGGCAACGGAACCGUCAACUCUCAUGCGUCCACCUCCGCCUCAGCCGCGAGCGUCGCGUCUUCGUGUAUAGCCAGCCCCAGCGCGACGUUUGCGCCGACUGCGCCUGCUAGUUCAUCUGGAAGUAGCUCGACUGCGACCACGACGAGUGGGGGUGGGAAGAAGAAUGGUGCGAGCACGUUGGUUGGGGGUGGA